AUGUGGAUCAGGUUCCCUGCGUAUGUGCAGACCUGGGAACUUACAUCCCCAGACUGCAUCAUUGGGAAUGAAUACGAGGCCAGAGAGUAUAAGUACUGCAGAGCGAAAGCAACUCUGCAACGGUCCCUAUGCAAGGCCAAUAUUCAGACGAUGACUAGGGAGAACAAGCCCCAAAGGCGCCUGAAAGUCAGCAAGUGGGCAGGUGCCGAGUGCACAAACUGUCAGACAACCAUCACGGCAGUGUGGCGGCUGAAUGCUGGUAGAAACCCCGUGUGCAAUGCCUGCGGACUCUAUUACAAGCGACACCAUGUGAACAGACCACUGCCUAUUCGGACAGAAGUUUCAAAGCCUAGAAAACCCAAGGCAUCACAGAAAGAAAAGAAACCAGUGUCGAGCCUGGGAGGCACAGGACCGGCUGAUGCUGUGGCUGGUGGCUUCAUGGUGGUGGCUGGGGGCAGCGAUGGUGGGAAUUGUGGGGAAGUGGCCUCGGGCUGGAGAUUGGGCCCACCUGAUACUGCCCAUCUCUACCAAGGCCCGGGCCCCAAGGUGCUGUCUGGGCCUGUCAGCCACCUCAUGCCUUCCCCCGGGCCCCUGUUGGGUUCACCCAGAGGCGCCUUCCCCACAGGCCCCGUGCCUCCCACCACCACCAGCACUGUGGAGGCGCCACUCAGCCCAUGA